GAUAAGUCGCGUCUGCGCUUGAUAAAGCUUCCAAAUAGAAGAGGCCGUAGAGUUUCCUCAUGAUAUCAGUGUGCGGACCGCCACCACGCGUCGCGGCUGCUUUCGUGCAGUUUCCUGUUGCCAAUUUUUUUUCCUCUCUUCGCGCGAGUUUAAAAAAUAUGAAAAUUUUUCAAAAAAUUGAAAGAAAAACGAGAAACAAUGAAAGUUACACUUAACAUCGAGAAAUGUUGUUAAAAUUAAAAAAUACCUAGAUACAAUUAAAAUUCAGUUUUUAGAGGAAUGCAAAAAAAAAAUGUUACUUAAUUUUUAGGUGUAAAUUACUAUUAUAAAAAGAAAUGGUGAAUAUAAAAGAUUAAAAAAAGUCCCCUUGACAAAAAUAGGAAAAAAGAGUGUAUAGAGAACUGUGACGGAGGAUAAAAAUUGUGGACAAAGGAAACAAAGUGAGAAGGUGAAAAAGAAGAGGAAGAGGAAAGGAACAAAAAAAAGAUGAAAAAAAGAAGUGAGAAGGACAAAAUGAAGAAAAUGUCAAGAACGUUGAAAAUGGAGAAUAUUGUGAUGUUUUUUGGUAGAUGAGAGCGACUAGUUGGGACGGAGUUGUUUAUUUUUUGGUCGCUUUAAACGCGACUGAUUAUGUCGCGUGCUUGUAAGCAUUUUUUUACAACGUUUCCCUUCGUGAUCCUCUUCUUGCCCUUUCAUCGUCCACACCUCAUCGUCCUACUUUUUAAUCUUCUCUGUUUCUCAAGUCAAGUCUUUUCGAGCGAAAGGACAAACAGUACAAACAACACUAACGGUAUCUCACUUUCUAUAACUGAAAAGAUGGGAAGAUACGAAGGAAGAAAUGUUGAAACUUUAGACAAUCGUAAGAAUUUAGCCGAGGACAAUGUACUUUCAUAUAGAAAUGCCAACAACAAUAAUAAUAAUAACAAUGAUAAUGAUAACAACAAUACUAUUGAUGAUGUCGUCGGGAAUAAUGAUAACAGAUCGUUACUUUCUUUGGAGCAAACGACAAAAGACUUGACAAACAAUGAUCGAUGUCGUUUUAACAAUUGUUCGGAAAAUGUCGAGUAUAACGGAUUUCCGGUCACUGUUCUCAACUCAAUUUCCAACGUUAAUGUCAGCAAUGUGAAUUCUGAGGAUUCGAGCAGUGAAUUGCCGUUCACCGGUUUUGAGAGUCUCCACAAAUUUCCCAUUAAGAUAACUCAGAAGCCCCCUUAUGGCGCGAGUGGAGAAAAGUUUGACAGAAGGCACUUUGGCCCUUCAAAGUUGGAAAUUACAAGGCAAGCGUCAAAUAUAUCAACAUUAGAAGCCAUAGAGGCAUUGCCGGAUUUGCCGAUGAGUCCAAGUCGUGAUGUUGUGCCCCAUCGAAGAAAAGGCAGCACUAAAGAAAUUGUUGAUAUCGGUGAGAAUAAGGAACUAAGGGAAGAGGUCAAUGGGGAAGAAGAUAACUUCACCCUCAGCUUUAACGACACCUCGGAGACCUUUUCCACUGAGGACAUUGUUAACUCGAAGAAUGCUCAAGUGUCGACAAUUGCAAGUGUUCCGAUAACAACCAGAAAGAUGUCUUGGUUACCUAACUUUCACAAGAACUUAAAAAAUGAUGGUGAUGAUAAUUAUCGGAAUGGAAAUUGGUCCAAGAAUUUUCCUCACCGAAAAGUUAAUUUAACUAUUUUGGGUCUUUUUGAAUUGACACAGAAGAAUGAACCAAGACCUGAAGGUCCUAGUGAAUUACAAGCGGCUAAAUUAGCGAUUGACAAGAUUAAUCAAAUGGAGCUACUUCCGAGGUUUCAUUUACGACUUCAUCAUAAUGAUACUCAGUGUGAUCCGGGAGUUGCGGUUGAUCGUUUUUUUCAUGCGAUUUAUUCGUCGAACAAAAAUAGUUUAAUGCCCCUUCUUCUUGGAACGGCGUGUUCGGAGGUCUCGGAGACCCUUGCAAAAAUUGUUCCCUACUGGAAUGUCGUUCAAGUUUCAUUUGGGUCAACGACACCUGCUCUUUCAGAUCCAACAGAAUUUCCACUUUUCAUACGAACCGUUGCUCCCGACUCGAGUCAUAAUUCUGCAAGGAUAGCGCUCAUCAAACAUUUUGGCUGGGACACUGUUUCCGCUUUCUCGCAAAAUGGAGACAUGUACGCUUUGGCUGUGAACGAUCUGGUCACAGAAUUGGAACAGGCAAACAUCACGUGCACUGCUACUAUCACGUUUGCUGAAAAUGAUUAUAAGGAACAGCUGCGGACCCUCAAGGACUUGGAUACGAGAAUAAUCAUUGGAAGUUUUUCACCUAGGUUAGCGCCGCACGUUUUUUGCGAGGCCUGGAAAUUGGGUAUGCACGGAGGAGAUUACGCUUGGAUCUUGCCAGGAGACACGAUAGACCUAUCAGGAAUGACAGGCGAUUGGUGGCACAUUAGGCCAGACAACUGUUCUCCAUCUCAACUAUUACAAACCUUGGAUGGUCUCAUUAUUGUAAAGAGCCACGGAGCGAUAUUGAGUGACGAUAUUAGCCAUUCAGGACUGACGAGUUCAGAGUUUACAGCUGAAUUGGCAAAGCGAGGUGUCACAGUGUCACAAUACGCUGCCCAGACGUACGAUGCUGUUUGGGCUGUGGCUGUUGCUAUGAAUAAAUCCGAGGCUUUCCUGAACAAGAAAAAUGUCAGCUUUGCUCAGUAUUCGCAUAAACGACAAGACCUCGCAUAUUAUCUUCUUGGACAGAUGAAGGACUUACAUUUCAAUGGAGUUUCGGGUCCAGUAUCGUUCGAUGGCGCGGACCGUGUGGGAAUAACAGCUUUCUACCAAAUGCAGGGUCACGAUCAAAGAAGAAUAGCCAUAUUUACACCUGAUGACGGACAACUAAUAAUGAACUGCCCGGGGUGUGCAAUCACACGAUGGCCAGGCGGGCAUCCUCCAGUAGCCAGGAGAGUUUUUCGAUUGAGAGUUGUGACCGUAGCACCAGCGGCUUUUCUCGUCGUCACAUGUCUCUCCAGUGUUGGGGUCACUUUAGCUCUUGCUUUUUUGGCCUUUAAUCUACACUUUCGGAAACACAAGAGUAUAAAGCUUUCAAGUCCAAGAUUGAACAAUAUGGCGGCAGUUGGUUGUGGUUUAGUCUAUGGAGCAGUGGUUUUACUUGGUCUCGAUCAUGCAACUUUACCUGACAGUGAUGAUUAUUUUCCCGUAGUCUGUACAGCAAGAGUUUAUCUUCUAUCAGCGGGAUUUUCUCUAGCCUUCGGUUCAAUGUUCACUAAAACUUAUAGAGUUCAUCGAAUUUUCACCAGGAGCAGAAGUGGAGUCGUGAAAAAUAAGCUGCUACAGGACACUCAAUUAAUUAGUCUAAUUUGUGUAUUGCUUUUAAUUGAUGGACUCGUGGUCACUUUGUGGGUUACGAUGGACCCAAUGCAACGGCAUCUUCGUAAUCUCACUCUCGAAAUUAAUCCACAGGAAAGGGGUGUCGUUUAUCAACCUCAAGUGGAGGUCUGUCGAUCUCAACACACCAAUGGUUGGUUAGGGGCACUUUAUGUCUAUAAGGGUUUACUCCUCGUUGUCGGUGUCUACAUGGCAUGGGAAACAAGACACGUGAAAGUUCCAGCAUUAAACGACUCGCAAUAUAUUGGAAUGAGUGUUUAUUCAGUAGUAAUUACUUCUGGAAUUGUAGUAGCUUUAGCGAACUUGAUAUCCGAUCAGGCGACACUGGUUUUCGUCACAAUCACUGCUUUAAUCUUGGCUUCAACGACAGCCACACUAGCUUUACUAUUUCUACCACAACUAACGAAUAUCUUGUCCGGCGAAAGAGCGGAUCCUGUCAUUCAGAGUUUGGGUCUCAAAAUUGAAUGCAACACUAGAAGAUUUGUCACUGAUGAUAGACGGGAACUGCAGUAUCGAGUAGAAGUGCAAAAUCGAGUUUAUCGAAGAGAGAUGGCUCAGCUGGAACUUGAAUUAGCCAGAUUGGAGAAACAAUUAGGCCAGGAGAAUGUUGAUCCUUCGCAAGGUUCCUCCAGUGCCUCGAUUCCACAAAGGAAUCCAAGCAUAAGUGGUGGCCUACCUCUUCUAUUACUUAGCGUUCUACCACCAGUGAUUCCAAGAGCUAGCUGGCCAUCUGCCGAUCCUUCUGGCAUGCGACGAGGUACCGUAGCGUUUAGCAGUCAACCAGAUCUCCCAGACGGUGGUCCCAGGAGAAGUUUGGCCGACAUUUACAAGCUUCACCAACGAAGGGAAACAGAGGGACCAACUCGUCUUGGAGUAUUUCAACGCCUAAUCAGCCUCUUUGGCAGUCGACCAUCCAGCAGAAAAGCUUCUACUGCAUCAUUUACUGGUGUUGCAUCGGCGUUGAGAGUUCAUAUGGGAUACAUUGCUGGUUUAGUACCAGGGACGAAAGCUGCUUCAACUUAUCAAGUGGACGCCCAGGGCACUCGUUCUCAUCUUCGAUGCGGGUCAGGACCAAUAAUUAGCAUUACAAGUGAGGAAGAUCGCCGACUGAGCCUCGGGCUUCGGCGUAAAGAAAGCUCCGAACCAAGGGUCAACUUUAUCCUUCCCUCUCAUUCGAGCACGAACAAUUUUUCGUCACGUGAGAAGAUCCGAGGCUCCCCUCGAUUUCCCCAUCGGAUAGUACCUGCUAACAGCCUCGGGGCAAUUUCCUCAUCCUCCGCAAUUGUAACAUCAGGACCCCAUCGCUGGCACUCAAUGGAGGACGCAUGGAAGCCUAAAUUUACAGGUACACCUCGUGGAUCAUUUCAUCAAAACAGUGACGUCUGGGCAACACAAGAAGUUGGAAUUCCCCUCAGUGAACUGGGCAAUACCUUCCGCGGUAGACGACCUCCGGACUAUCAGUCCCUAAACCUGACAAUUCCAGCAGACUCUGACGUCAGUCCAGAAGACGCAAGACUAGGUAGCGAUCUUCGAAAUCUCUUUCAAGAGAAUGAUGCAUCAGAAAUUAGUAGUCCCAUUGAAAUGGAGCAAAAACAUGUCCUGGCAGUGAUCACAUCACCAACAGCACUCAGGAUAUCAAAUGUAAUUGCUGAACUUUCAAGAACCAAUGGAUCAGUUGUGACUGUAAGUAGUGCUCAAGAAAAUGGUUUGAGUGUUUCGAAUGAUGAGUGUACAUUAAAUCAAAGUUCAAGAUUAACGCGAACUAAUUCAGAGAAUCAAAUUUAUGAGACAGUGGAUUUAUCCACGUCAAUUGAGGAUCAUGGACCCACAGCCGUUUAAUUUUAAUGAGUGUGUUCCUUAGUCGACGUGCCAAAAAAUUAGGUUCACAGAAGAUAUUCUCGGAUGACAGUCUAUUAGGAAUAAUUCCUAAUAUUUAUCUUGCAUGAGGAAUUCUGAGGGACCAAGGCGCUUAAUACUCGUAAGCCACUGAAUGUUACAAGUCCAAAUUUUUAUUUCUUUCAUUUUUUUUGUUUUACACAUUAUUUUAUAAAAUAGGAUUUCAUUUGACGACCAAUUUCCCGAAUAUAAAAGUUGAGACAACGAUGAGUCGCGUCGACUUUUUUUUCAAUUAACAACCGGACGGGAAUUGAGAUGAUUGCGCUAUUAACCUCUGACUCGACCCCAAUAAACAGGUAAUGAGAAUUUCUACUUUAUCAACUUACGAUAAAAAAAUUUUUACUUUAUCAACUUGAGAUAAAAAAAUAUCUAAAUUAUCUGGGAAAAUGGUCAAGUACCAUAUUUUUAUUUUCCCAUUUCCGAGAGCGCAUAAUAAUAUUUUUAAAUUAUCCUUGAAGUACUUCUGUGAACCAAAAAAUAAAUGUGUUCAAUAGUACCAAAAAAUCCACCGUUUUUAGUACCUGUGCUAUUCAAGUAUUUUAAAAAUGUAAAAAUUUGUGAAAAGAAUUUUUGCUCUGCGUGGUACGCAACAUGAGUAAACAUUCAAUAUUUUCAUGCUUCUCGAUAAAAAAUGCAUAAUUUCAUUAUAAAAGACUAUAAAAUAUAAAAUCGUAACUUUUUCAUGAAUCUCCGGAAAUGAAUUUAAAAAAUUUAA